GCUCCAGUCCCAGUCCAGUUGGAGAAACGGAAAGUUUCCCUGUCUCGAAGAAGAGGGCCCCCGCAGCCUUCCCGAGAACUUUCCAUGGGGCCGUGGCCUCAGGCGGACUGUGAACCAAGAUCACCAGCAGGGGGCGGCCCAGUGUUCUUAGAACCCGGGUCCCACGAGCUUGUGAACAGGGCACGAGUGAAAUCCCGGAUCCAGGUGCUUCCGCCGGAACGUGCCCCGAGCUCGCCCGCGCGGCUGCCUCCGCCGCUCCUGAUCGGCUCUCCGGGUCUUCCCGGGGCCCAGGCUGGGGCUCAUAGGGAGAAAGGAAGCGGCGCUGCGGUCCGCGGGGCGAACCCUGCUCCGCGCGAGAAUUUUUUGAUGCCUUCUUAUUUGGAUAAAUCUCCAGCUGCUCUGGUGAUAGCCUAAGAAGACUGCAUGCUGCUUCCUCUUGAUGCCAAGCCAGGCCCUCUCGCAACCUCGGAUCUCAGUCCUUCAUGGAGACCAGGUCCCAGCAGGAAUGGCAGUGCAGGAAAUUGGCGCCCAGAUGGUUCUUCCAUGUGAAGUUGUCUCGGGCUCUGGGCUGACGAGAGAACACCUGGUAACCAGGUUAGCCCUCUGUCAGUCACCUAGGGCAGGGCAGCAUGGUGCGGAUUCAGAGGAGGAAGCUUUUGGCAACUUGCCUGUGCAUCACAGCCACCGUCUUUCUGCUUGUCACACUCCAGGUCAUGGUUGAGCUGGGGAAGUUUGAAAGGAAGGAGUUUAAAAGUUCUAGUUUGCAAGAUGGACAUACAAAAAUGGAGGAAGCACCUACACACCUUAAUUCAUUUCUUAAGAAAGAAGAAUUAACUUUCCACAGGAAAAGAAAAUGGGAAUUGGACAGCUACCCCAUUAUGCUCUGGUGGUCCCCGCUGACAGGGGAAACUGGGAGGUUAGGCCAAUGUGGAGCAGAUGCUUGUUUCUUCACCAUCAACCGGACCUACCUGCGUCAUCACAUGACCAAAGCAUUCCUCUUCUAUGGUAAGCAGGGCUUUCGCCUUUCUCCUUUGUUUGCUGUGGUCUUACUCCAAAGCUGAGUUACAGCUUACCACUGAAAAGUGAUGGUGGAGCUCCCCUUGAAAACACUUUAACACCCCUGAUUUCCUUUGCAUUUGCUCUGUGGAAGGCCGGAGCAUUUAGCAGAUACAAAAAAGAAACAAGCCUGGCUGGGCGUGGUGGCUUCUGAAUUCUCUAACACGUUUAUCUCUGAAGGGUUGGAUAAGGGAUUAUGAUCUUCUAGUUGUGCAUUAAGAUGAAGCAAAGUUAAAUGUUGAGUUUAAUUUCCCAAAUUUUAACAGAAGCUUCUAGAAAGAUUUCCAUUGCAUACACACAAAAAAAUAGAUAAUAUAAUGAGCAUUUAUGUACCUAUCACAUAGCUUAAGGCAUAAAAUAUUACAUGUAUAAUUGAAAA